AGGUACAGUAAACAGGUACAGGAAACAGGUUCAGUAAACAGGUUCAGUAAACAGGUACAGUAGGUACAGUUAACAGGUACAGUAAACCGAUACAGUAGGUAUGGAAGCCAAAAAACACUUAAGUCACACCGUGUCACAGUCACACCCCUGCUGCCAGAGACUCAAAGUCAUUGCAGGUUCCGCCCUCCCAUCUCAGCACAAAGCAGCUCUCUAUUCCUCCUUACAGGAUUCUCGUCCUCCCCUUUUCACCAUGGGGAGUGUACAUAUUGUAACAUACCUACUAUAUACUGUCGAACAAUGGACCGUUUUAAUGAUGUAUAACGAAAGAUAACAUUUGGAUGGUUCUUGGAAAACGCACGCGGUCACAGGACUCGGGACACUUUGACGCGGGGAGGAGUUACGGUGGUGUGUUCGUUUUGAACUUUUUUUAGUGUUGUUUCGUUCAACUCGAGAUACCGUUUCAGGCAAGACGACAGUAUAGGAAACAUGGUAGACUGGCAGGCUACUACUACAUCCAAGAUCUGUGAAACUUAAGUAGCGCGUAUGGUUGGUUACACGUGUCUGAGAACGGGAACAUGAAGACCUUUUUGACGGUGACAGUAAUGUAAUGGUGUGAUUUAUAGCCGACGCAUUGCACGCGGAGUAUCUACAUUCUUAGUGCGAAGUCUCCCACCACCGAGUCAUUUGGUUAACGUCUCAUUCCUCUCCAGAAAACGGAUUCUCCAGAUCAUUAUGGAUCUCUCUCUCCUCGCCCCUAUAGUGGAUUUGGAUAUGGGAUAGGGAUCCAGACUCCUGGACCACGCAGGAGUAUCUUCUAGUGCGACACACACACACCGUCAGCUGGUUCACAGUGGCUACUACUGGGGAUGGGGGAUCCAGUGGAGGGCUCUCUUCUGUAUGAUGGUCAGAGACACUCUGGCAGGAACCACAGUGGAACCAUCGCAGAACCACACGACACCCACGCAGAACCAGGACGGAACCCAGCAGCUUCCAGGUGAAACCCUAGAACACGUAGAACAACAGAACCGCGUUCAAGAACAACAGAACCAACUCGAUAACUUCGAACUCUUAGGUCAAGAGAAUGAACUCUUAGAACAACAGAACCUAGAACAUCAGAUCCAACUCUUAGAACUAGAGAAUACGGUCCAGACCAGCACAGACAACCGGACCACACCUCCAGACAAGACCAGUUCUGGCGGUGCCCUCCAUCCCUGGUGGCCUCAACAGAGCAGCUUUAGAGCGACUAGACCCAGUGUCCCUCUCCCCUGGCCUAGACGCAGUGUCCCUCUCCCCUGGCCAAGCCCCAGUGUCCCUCUCCCCUGGCCAAGCCCCAGUGUCCCUCUCCCCUGGCCAAGCCCCAGUGUCCCUCUCCCCUGGCUCGGACCUCUUCUCCACUUGCCCGAUCCGAUCCCAGACUCCUUGACCACACACCUCCGGCCCUUCUUCAGCCAGCAGGAGUAUCUUCUAGUGCGACGCACACACCGUCAGCUGGUUCACAGUGGCUACUACUGGGGCCCUAUGGAGAUGGAGGAGGCCCACCGCACACUGCUACUCACACCGCCUGGGAGCUUCCUCAUCAGGUAUACACCACACCCUGCUACACACACUGCCUGGGAGCUUCCUCAUCAGGUAUACACCACACCCUGCUACACACACUGCCUGGGAGCUUCCUCAUCAGGUAUACACCGCACCCUGCUACACACACUGCCUGGGAGCUUCCUCAUCAGGUAUACACCACACCCUGCUACACACACUGCCUGGGAGCUUCCUCAUCAGGUAUACGCCACACCCUGCUACACACACUGCCUGGGAGCUUCCUCAUCAGGUAUACACCACACCCUGCUACACACACCGCCUGGGAGCUUCCUCAUCAGGUAUACACCGCACCCUGCUACACACACACUGCCUGGGAGCUUCCUCAUCAGGUAUACACCACACCCUGCUACACACACUGCCUGGGAGCUUCCUCAUCAGGUAUACGCCACACCCUGCUACACACACUGCCUGGGAGCUUCCUCAUCAGGUAUACACCACACCCUGCUACACACACUGCCUGGGAGCUUCCUCAUCAGGUAUACACCGCACCCUGCUACACACACCGCCUGGGAGCUUCCUCAUCAGGUAUACACCACACCCUGCUACACACACUGCCUGGGAGCUUCCUCAUCGGGUAUACACCACACCCUGCUACACACACACUGCCUGGGAGCUUCCUCAUCAGGUAUACACCACACCCUGCUACACACACCGCCUGGGAGCUUCCUCAUCAGGUAUACACCGCACCCUGCUACACACACACUGCCUGGGAGCUUCCUCAUCAGGUAUACACCACACCCUGCUACACACACCGCCUGGGAGCUUCCUCAUCAGGUAUACACCACACCCUGCUACACACACUGCCUGGGAGCUUCCUCAUCAGGUAUACACCGCACCCUGCUACACACACCGCCUGGGAGCUUCCUCAUCAGGUAUACACCACACCCUGCUACACACACUGCCUGGGAGCUUCCUCAUCGGGUAUACACCACACCCUGCUACACACACACUGCCUGGGAGCUUCCUCAUCAGGUAUACACCACACCCUGCUACACACACUGCCUGGGAGCUUCCUCAUCAGGUAUACACCGCACCCUGCUACACACACCGCCUGGGAGCUUCCUCAUCAGGUAUACACCACACCCUGCUACACACACUGCCUGGGAGCUUCCUCAUCGGGUAUACACCACACCCUGCUACACACACACUGCCUGGGAGCUUCCUCAUCAGGUAUACACCACACCCUGCUACACACACCGCCUGGGAGCUUCCUCAUCAGGUAUACACCGCACCCUGCUACACACACACCGCCUGGGAGCUUCCUCAUCAGGGACAGCAGUCAGACGAACGUCUUCUUCACCCUCAGUUACCACGGCGACCUGGGGCCCGUCAGUGUCCGCGUCCUCCUGACCAGUCAGAGUUUCCGCCUCAACGGCAG